AUGACAUAUAAAAAACAUGAAUUAGAGCACCUUCGACCAUAUGUUGCUCAUUAUAGUGAUUUUCAAGAAUCAUAUAAAGAAUGGGUAAUGAGUGACACAAUUGAAGAAUUUGAAACUAGGUGGGAAGUUAUACGUGAUAAGUAUAAACUUGAAAGCAAUUGUUGGAUAGCUGAUAUGUAUAACCAACGAGUACAUUGGGCUAAAGCCUUCUUAAAGGAUAUUUUCUUGGCCGGUAUGUCAACAAGUGGACGAAGUGAGAGUAUUAAUUCAUUUUUUGAUGAUUUUGUUAACUCGAGUACCAUGUUGAAUGACUUUUUAGUGCAAUAUGACAAAGCAGUCGCUUCACGAAGGGCCGCCGAAGAAGAUGAAGAUUUCAAGACUAUGAACUCGAGGUCAGUUCUUUCGUCAAUACAUCCAAUUGAAGCAAAAGCAGGUGAGUGUUAUACUAGAAAAGUAUUUGAGAUUUUCAAAAAAGAAUGGAUGGAAGCUACUAGCAAUUUAACGCAUGAGACUAUAAGCAAAAGUACAGAAGAAAUCAAGUAUCGAGUUGGACAAUUGGACAUUGACAAAAAAUAUUGGCGGAUUGUUACCUUUUAUUUGUCAAAUAAGAUCCAUGUCACAUGUUCUUGUGCUAAGUAUGAUGCUUGUGGGAUUUUAUGUAAACAUAUCUUAUAUGUGAUGAAGAAAAGGCAUGUUAACCCACUUCCGAGUCACUACAUUUUACCUAGGUGGACCCUUAAUGCUAGGUACAAGGUGGGUAAGCGUAGUAUCGGACUCGAAGAAAUGAAUAACGGAAAUGGGGUUAGUGCUUACACUUUAUGCUCUUACAAGAUCAAGCAAUAUGGAAAAAAACCUUUACCAGUUGAGAAUGUAUCUCAAGGUUCUUGUGUGAGAAUUUCACAAGUCGAUAUGAUGCCUCAAUUAUUUUUCUGGGAUCCUCAUGCUCCAACCAACACGAAAGGGCGUCCUAAAAUUGCUAGUAGAAUCAAGUCUUCUUUAGAAGUGCCAAAAAACGAACAUGCUCUUAUUGUCAAGGAUUAG